UGAAGAAAAUAAAAUAGCGGGUUAUUUCAAACAUAGUGCCCACAUAUGUACACUUACAAUCUUGAAAUAAUGCUUCUAUACAUAUAAAAAUAAUAUAUAAUUUAAUCUUUCAAAUAAAAAAAAGUAACUGCUUGAUGCCACAGGAUCCCUAGACUGCAUUGGAAUAAAUUAAUACUUUAAGUUAUCGUGUAACUAGUCAUCGUAUUUGAGCAUUGUCUAGUGUGAGCGAGUGUCCAGUGGAGCCGGACCAACAUGCUGCCACGCAUUUUUAUCUUCAAUAUAAUCUGACAGUUUAUAAUAUGCCUGUUUACACAGUUCACGCUUUAUACAAGAUUUAAAUUUCUUCUCGUUCAGAUUCAGUAUGUUAUACAGGUCAUUAGUCUACAUGUUUCGAGUCAGGUUAAGACACUGUAUGACUGGGAUAGAGCCAAAUGGGGUGCGUGGCGCCAGGAUGUCGGGAGCCGUCGCGGCGACGCGCCGUCGAUGGAGGCUGCACAGUGCUCGUUGGGCGCGCGGCCCGCCCGCCCAUACACCCGCGAUAACAAGGCUACCUAUCCAACGUUCACGAUACAACCAUGAAAAUUAACUUUAUAAUCCUCAUAACUUUCAUACACUAUUCACAAACUAUAAAAGUUAAAUCCAAAAACGUAACAACAAAUAAAUCUGACGAUGCCAUUAAAAAGUAUUUGGAAAAACAUGAAGAAGUCUUGCUAGAAGUUACUAAAAAUAAAAGUGAAGUUAAACCUGUAACAAUCACUAACGUAGUUAAUGCUAAAAUUGUGCCCGUUGCAGCCAAGAAAGCGAAAGCGCCUCCCAAAAUGAUACCACCAGACAUAAUUCAAGACUGGGCAAAUGAGAUUUCGCAAAAAUUGUACGAAAACGAAGCGAUCGUGGUGCGUAGAGAAGUGCUUCUGAAAAGUUUUUCUGAUAUUAAAAUAGAAAUACGCAACGGUACUGCGAUUGUUCACAAAAUGGCUGAAGAUUUAGAAGAAUUGUUAUCGAGGCGCGCUCAUGCUGCUGAAGAAAUAAUGCGACGGGCAGAGGAGUUAGCAACAAUGGAAGCUGAACCAGAUGACAGCUACACUUUCGAUUACAGCGUAAAUUUAGAUCAAGUAAAGAAGAAGAUUGAGAGAAGCGAAUUAGAAGAGAAUCAAGAACCACUCAGCUGUAGAAAUCUGCGUAAAAUCAAGCUCAAGAACAGUAAACAUUUCGAUGCUGACGUAUCGUUAGACUACUCGAGUGUCCAUGUUUCGGCAGAAGUUUUUGAUUGUGCUCCGAAUGUAAAGGAACACCUCUUUUGGUCUGAAGGCUUGCUUUCAACAUUUCAAAAAAACUAUGCUCAAGAUUCAUCCAUGGACUUUCAAUAUUUUUGUAGCGCUCAAGGAUUUCUGAGGCACUAUCCUGCCGCAUUAUGGGAAAGCAUGUAUAAGUUGAAAUACACUGACAAAGACUCAGAUAAAGUGUAUGACUGUAGACUACGGCCCUGGUACGUGAGUGCAGGCGGCGCUCCACGUGAUGUUUUAAUACUUCUCGAUGCAUCCGGAUCUAUGGAGAACUCCUCGAACCAAGUCAUCGCUGAACAGUUCACACUGGCACUGCUCAGCGCUCUUACAGACGAUGACAGAGUUAACGUGCUACGUUUCAAUGUUAUCAUAGAAUCACCUAUUAGCUGUUUCAAUGAAAAACUAGUUUCAGCAAAUCAUGUCAACACGGCUGCAAUGAUGGCAGCCAUGAAUAACUAUAAAAUGACAAAUGAAACUUUAAUGGCCGACGUUUUAGAAGCUGCAACAAGACUUUUACAACGGCAACGUUCGACGCCAGACCGGCCGAGAGCCUGUCAGCAAGCAAUCGUGUUACUGACAGACAGUCUCUACGACAACUAUACACAUUUGAUGAAACAUCUCGACCCUGGGGGAAAUAUUAGAGUGUUCGUGAUGUGGCUGCACGAUGUCUUUGGUCUCCGGGACAACACACGCACCUAUGGAGAAGGUCUCAGCUGCGAACGUGAUGGUUAUUUCGCGGAGCUCAUCACACCGUUUGACGUCACACAGCAAGUCCUAAAAAUCCUACAAGUUCUGGAGCGCCCUCUAGUCUCGCAGAGGAAUCAAAGGCUGACAGUAUUCAGUGACGUCUACGCUCAUGUUGAGGAUCCUAGGAGAGGCGAGUUGUACUGGAGAGCCAAGGAGAAUAACGAACAGUUGAACAGAUAUAGAGACUUGAGACGAAACAAAAAGCAGUUGCUCAAUAGCACACAACUUUACAAAGAUUGGAUGUACCAAGUUAAUUAUAAUAGGUACGGACAUUACUAUGAAGGGGAGGACUUGAAUUAUAGAUUGCAGAUCAGCGUUUCGGUUCCAGUGUUCGAUUAUAUUACUAGCGAAAACAUAACUAAGAAACUUGAUGAGGAAAAACAAAGGAAUUCUACUAGAACAUACCCGGUUAACCGACUUCUUGGAGUGGCAGGAGUAGACAUCCCCAUCGAUCAUUUGAAACUCAUACUCCCUUAUCACCAGAUUGGUGCCGGGGGAUCUCUAAUCCUGGCGGAUCACCGGGGCAAUAUAGUCAUACACGAUAAUGUACGGCACACAUUCGAUGGCGACAUUUUGAAACCCGGAUAUCGCACCGUUGACCUCCUGGACCUAGAACAACCAGCUGAAAAUCAUAAACCGAGGUAUUAUCCCGAGGAAUGGUUGAAGUUCCGUAGGACGCUGAUAAUAGAUAAAGACAGCGGUAAUAUUACGAUGUACGGUAAAGGUAUUUAUGAUGACGGAAUGAGAGCUAUUUUGGAAAAGCGACAAUACUACUGGAAGAGAGUUCUAAACCAUUACACAGCGAUAGUGGUGCUACCGCUCAACAAUAGAGUGCACGCCGUCCCCGACGCCAGCUUCACCAGGGAACUCGCUGCUGAGGCAUGGAAAUCCCUGUCCAGGACGGACUACGCAGUGAAUCCUGAUUGGUUGUACUGUCGCCACAUCGAGCCACACUUCGAGACACGUGAGGCGGAGGUGCGUCACUUCGUGAAGCGUCGCAGCGACGAGGCGAACUUCCCUAUGCAAAAACUGAAGUACCUCUUCAGCCCGAUACCACCUUCUCUAUUCGAGAAGACUUAUCAAUGUAAUGAGGACCUGAUGGCUAAAUUCUGCAAGGAAGCUAUCGCGACGGACCAGUGGGCGCGCGAGCACGAAGAGCCGGACACAGAGAGAGAUUGUUCCACCUGCGAGCUGGGUUCCACCACCGCAUUCUUUGCCAGUGAGAGUGGUCUAACCCGUUGGCAACAGUACCACGCGACGAGUGCGCACGCGCUGCCCCCGUCGGGCGCGUGGUGGCCGCGCGGCCCCGCGGAGUCCUGGUACCGGCGCGCCGCCGCCUCGCCGGGCACGCUCAUCAUACACGCUCCUGUAGAACCUAUUGGAAAGAUGCGCAUUUCGAAAACACGACCACCGCCUUACACCAUACGAUCCGAAUGGCUGACUGCAGCACGGACGCUGGGCUCCGCAGAGCACGGCAUGAUCGGAGUAGCGGGGUACCACUUCCAUCCACAACACCUCAUCGAUCUACUAGAAUCUGUUACAAACUUCCCAUGUCCUGAGUGUGAAGAUUACCGAGCUCGCUGCGAUGGAGUGACCUGGUCAUGUGUGCUGAUAGACGAGUAUGGUUGGAUAGUGGCCAGGGAGGGCCGCAACCUCACCGGGGAGCCUGAUGAACCUCUGCGAGAACACUUUGCCUCCGUCUACCCAAUGGCCAUGAAAGCGUUACUCAAUGCCAGCGUGUUUGAAAUGAACUGGAUACACGACUACCAAGGAGUUUGUUUCCCACCAGAAGAGGAGCCUUUAAAUUCCGCCAUGACUGUGGUGCCGUCCAUACUAAGGUCAAUAUGGCGGUCAGUAGGCAUUAUACUUCGAGUUACUCAGGAGAUGGUCACUCUCAUCACUAUACUUAGUACUAGUUGUGUAACACUAGUGUCGGGGGACACAGAGCAAGAGAAACAGAAACGCAAGAAGCGACUGUGGCGAGACUACGAACGUGAGAAGUAUGAGACGUUGUAUGACGAUCGUGUACUCGUCAAUAGAACGAGAUUCGCUGCCUGUGACAGAUCUAGGGUGCUCUAUCUUUUACAGAACACCACAAGAGCGCAAGAAGCUCUGAAGCGAGCUCCGAAGCCAUGCAGUUGGCCUCUAGUAGCGGCGCGGGUACCAAAGACCAAUCUGCUGUUGGUGGCUGUGUAUAACGAUUGCCCGUUCAGGGGCAAACCCGUCAAUGACCCUCUUAUUAAUGAACAGUACCUGGAAGUGGACCCCGACAUAAAAGGGUUCCGACAGAGUUCAGCGAGCAAGUUGGCGUGUUGGCGCAACCGAGUGCCGCUACCGUCGCGUCCGCCGCAUGUCAAGUGCUACCAUCAUAACUACGCACGCGAAGCAGGCUACAGGCAAUGCGGUCCCUGGCUACCCGACCCUGAGGAAGAAGACGCAGCUUCCAACAUCACAGCAUCGAACACAAUGCUCUCUAUCAUACUCAUCAUGUUUCUCAUCAAACAACUACAUCUACUGCUAUAAAACAAACAAAUAAAACAACGCCAACACAUUUCCAUUAACUUGUUUAUUUCAUAAUUUAAAACAAAGAUAUUUGGUUCGGAAAUUAUUGUAAUACUGGAGACCUGCAAACAUCACUAAAUUAAUGACGCCUGUUCAAUAAUCUCUUUUUAAAAUUUAAUUCAAUUGAAUGAUUGAAUAAAUGGAAUGUUAACAAAUCGGUCUAAGCUGUUCAUGUUCACUGAAGAUUUGUAUGCCAUCCACGAUGUUACUGUAAAAUCAAAAUAAUCGAUUAUCUUAGUCAUCGAUAUAUUUAAUCGAUAGUUAGCGCAUCAGUGAACAAUCACAGCUAUCUUCCGGAAACGAUAAUUAUGAGUUACAUUUUUUAAUAAAUUAGACGAAAACAUUAUAACUAUUCAUGCCUAUCUAAUAAAUGAAACACGUUAAUGAAAAGUUACUCUCGAAUUUAUUGCUUGUUGCGUCUGAAAUGUGAAAUAAAUAUUAUUAAAUCA